CGCGUGGAACCAUUGUCAACGUGUCUUCUCCGCGUAUAGUUUGAAGCGAUAUUCUGUCACCGUGGAGGCGGGUUCGUGUUACCCCGUCGCGUCAUGGAUCGACUGGAUGAAUGGAGUUUCAAGUCCAAGAAAAUGGACCUGGAGGAGGGUUUCUACUUCGACUACGGAGCGGAGGAAAUGACCGAGUAUCCAGAGCCCAGUGAACUGUUGGCUGCUUUCAAACAAAAGGAGGAAGAGGUUAUUUUGGCGGCCCAGCUGGGAAACGCGUUGCUUCUGGAGAACCAUCAGUUGAAAGAGCGCAGCGACCAGCUCCAUGACGAGUACGCAGACAAGCUGGAGGAGCUGGAGCAGGGCAGGCAUGAGCUGCGGCUGAAGCUGGAGGGCUGCCAGUCCCAGUGGGAGAGCCAGGUGUUGGACCUGGAGAGGGAUGCGAGGGAGCUGAGCUCCCAGGUGGAGCGGCUCAACCGGGCCCUCGGGGAGGCCGAGAGGGACAAGAGUCGAGCCCAGAUGGAGCAGAGCGAGCUCACGCAGCGACUCGGGGAGCAGCUCAACACUGCGAUGGAGGUGGAGAGAGCCAUGUCCAGUGAGCUGCAGGCUCUGAAACAGGAGCUCCAACAAAAAGGAAGCCACAACAGGCCGCAGGAGGAGGAGCUUAUCAGUGCGAUGAGAGAGCAGGUGCUGCGUCUCACCCAGAAGGAGCAGGUGCUGGAGGAGCGUUUGGAGAGUGUGUGUCAAGAAAACACCGAGCUGAGGGCCAGUUUGGCCUCUUUGCACACACGCCUGGCUCUACAAGACCAACUCAACCAGCAGCACAGCCAGCAGCUAGCCGGGGCGCUGCAAGAGGCGGAGGCUGCACGGGGUCGCUCACGGCAGCUGCAGACCCAGGUGGAGGAGCUUCAGGAGGAGGUGUCCCUGCAGGAAGGCAGGAGCCACGGAGACGCCUCCCUGUUGUCCGAGCUGGAGAGCAGCCUGGAGACGACGAGCCUCGGGGUCAGCAAAGAAGAGAUUACACAAGAAAUGUGGUCCAGUCUUCAGUUGCUGCUCCCACUGACACCGAAACUGAACAGCUCUGGGAGGUCAGAGGUCGUGGAUCAAAAGGAAGACCUGCACACAAUGCUGCAUCAGCUGAAGGGAGUGGCCCAGACUCUGGCACUGACGUGCGGCCCUCAGGAGCUGAAUCGAGCUUUUGUCGACAGGACGGGCGAUCAGUGUGGGAAUCCGAGUGCAGCGCAUGAGCUGAGAGAUCAGAACGUCCAUCUGCAGCAGGAAAACGCUGAGUUGAAACGGAAGCUGCAGGACGUGGAGGAGGAGGCCGACGUCGUCCAACAGGCCAUCAGAGAUCGAGAUGAAGCCAUUGCCAAGAAAAACCUGAUGGAAGCGGAGUUGGUGAGAAGUAAAAGUGACAUGAUGUCUCUCAACAACCAGUUAUUAGAAGCCAUCCAACGUAAGCUGGAGUUGUCACAGGAACUGGAAGCCUGGCAGGACGAUAUCCAGAUCGUUAUCAACCAGCAGCUCAGGUCCCAGCAGCAGAUGGAGCAUCCUCAGAAGAAGUCCACCUCCAACGGCACGUCCUUCUUCCGCAGGGGGGGCAGAGCCGCCUCCACCUCCUCCACCUGGAGUUCAGACGCGAAUCAGGGCAAAACACCCUGGAGAGACUGGUUAAGACGGGGGAAAGGGGCAAACAAUGGACAGUGAGUGCCACACCAACCGCCUGUGGUGCUGAGGAGAGAAUGUACCAGAGUAAUGGGUUCGAGGAAGUCCCAUGUGCAGCUUCCACUCCAUGUGUGGUUAACAAAAGACACUGUUCAACGAUGAUCGACGGAGCCGCUUCGGACAAAGACUUGUGUCGAAGGUCCCUUAAUCGUCCACAUUUCACUCGGAGGGUGAGCCUUAUGAAAAUCUAAAUUGUGACAAAAACAUUUUUCACUAAAUUACAUGAGGGUUUACUUGAGACUGUAAAUAUUGUGCCUUAUUUUGCAAAAAUGUGAAUGGCUUUAUGACUGAGACUUUAUAUGGUAGGUGUAUAUCAAUGCAGAGUAUUUGUUCAGAUCAAAGGGUGAGAGAGAAGCACUGUCAGGAAAUAAACAAUGUAUUUGUAAUUCUGUUUUUGCACACCAAGUUUGAUGCAAGACGUUACAUGUUCUACUGUCCGCUUUGCUCAAAAGCUAAAUAUGUGAAAAUGUUUGUACACGAAAACACUGUAUGUCUUAGUGCACACUGAGAUGACUGUUAUUUUUUUACAAUUUUGUUUUCUGGAGGAUGACUUGGUGAGCUAUGAAUCUGUGUCUAUCGGAACAAUGUGUUUGUUCGUGACUUAGUGUUCAAUAUUAAAUCUGCUCAGUGCAGACUGGGUUGUUCCCUAAAGUGUAUAAAACAUAAAAUAAUCCUUGCCGGUUUUGAGUGUUUGUUUUCAGAAUGUUGAUUAGAAGCAGGGGAGAAUUCAUCUGGACAAGAUAGCUGCUUGACCAGUAACAAAAAAAAAAAUUAAAGAUCCUAAGUAUACAAGUGUUCGGAACAAAACCUACUUGCUCAGUGAUUUUUCGGAAGAUGUUAGUUGUUUAUCAAUAUAGAGUAAAAUGCAUCACGGGCCCCAAGAUGAUCAUGAACUGAGAUUGUUUGACAAGUGUGUAAGUUAGUAGAGAGGCAGCCUUAUGUGAGGUGCACUGCAUGGCAAAAUGGAAGUAGAUGAGUUUUUUGAAUGAAUUUAAAGGAAAUAUCAGUAAAACAUCAAAAGGCCAAUACUAGUCAAACGGAGUGAUCUAU